AUGGGCUGCGGGGGCAGCCGGGCCGACGCUAUCGAGCCCCGCUACUACGAGAGCUGGACGCGGGAGACCGAGUCCACCUGGCUGACCAACACGGACUCCGAGAGCCCGCCGCAGGAGGGCGGCAGCGCCGAGGGCCCCGGCCGGGAGCAGGGCGGCCCGCGCCCCGGUCUUCUGGAGGAUGGGAAAUUGGCUCACACAGGUGUAUCUACAGCACCAGCCACAGCUGGAAUGCUGAAUGCUGAGAAGAAGAACAACUGUGGCCCUCAGUGUGCAAACCCCACAGUCCACAGCAUGGGAACUACAGCACAGAGACAGAAUGGCUUCAGGACCACAGAGAGUAAAUGGGACACACAGAAAACCUCCACACAAGAAGUUGCCAGUAAUGUUACAAAAGGCAUCAGACAAACUGACAGAAGAAAAACAAAGAAUUGUGCCAAUUAAUGAAGAAAAUUGCAGGUGACGAUGGACUUAACAAAGCUUCACUGCACUUUAAAUAUCAGUCACUGAAGACAUGAAGAUCUCUAGGUGUUCCAGGUUGAAUACAGCAGGCAGCUGCUACUGAGUGCCUCCAGAAGCAGGUCUUGUGGAAACCACCUGCAAGCACUGUAGACAUUGUUUGUCUAAAGCAGCAGCACCAUACAGACAUAUACAGAAAUUCAUGACAUUUGUUUUUUACUAACUUCCAUGUUAUCCCUUCGUUAUGUCCUGUUCCACAUUGCUAUUAAGAUGAGACUGGAUAAUAAGGGGUACAGCUCAUCACAAUUAAAACCAGGAAAUGAACAAAUGAAUCUGCAUUUUUAGUCAUAAAGGGGUUUUGAGUGUGGACAUUCAAACCCACACAGAGCUCAUUUAAAACACAUAUUUUAAAACACAAACCCACACAACUAAAGAAAGUGAGACUAAAGGCUAGUUUUCUACUAAAUCUCUUUUCAACUAUAUAUAUAGGCUAUAUGUAGUUAAGUCAUACAGUAAAAUUUUUAUAUAUUAAAUGUUCAAUUACUUGGUUUUAAAUUAUUGUUCAUAUUGACAUAAUUUUGGUCUUAAAAAUAGUAAUUUUCAUAUUGAUUAGCCUUACUUGAAGGUCCUAGUCUUAACUAGUAAGUUAUGGCUACUUGAUUGUUUUAUAAAUGCCCCUUCGAUUAUGUUGAAGUCCAGUCUGACUAGGAAAAAAGUUACCAUUAACAUUACAAGAAAAUAACCACAAUUUUUAAAGUCAUAUUUUUAUGUCAAUUCAAAAAAUUAACUUUCUUUGAGAAGAUAUAAUUAAUUCACUGUGCAGAACUUACUUAAUACAUUGUCAGCAUCCUGUACAACAGUAUUCCAUGAUUAUAAUAAAUAUAUAUCUAAAAGGAAUAUAAAUGUUCAGUAUAGUGAAGUCCAGGAAUUAAUUCAAUGUAUUACUUCUUAAUAUGGAAGUAAUAAUAUAUAUUCUCUGUGAGUUUGCAUGUUUAUGAAGAUAAAAGAGGUAAAUGUAUUUGCCUUCCCUAUCAGACAUAUAUAUAUAUAUAUAUAUCCUUAAAGGGCCUUUUAUAUAUAUAUAUAUAUAUAUAUAUAAUAUAUAUAUAUCCUUAAAGUUUAAAAGAACUACUCAAAACAAGCACACAAGAUUAGGAUUGUGAACUGAACCCUUAUUCUGUAUUAGGAUCAUUUUAAUAGCUUGCUGCUUAGGUGUGUGAGUUAUUUUCCUUGUUGUACAACAAGUCUAUGCAAUAGGAAUUGUUUAUUAAUUACUCCAACAAAAAGGCAAACUGGAAUCCAGAGUUAGAGCCAGAAUUUUGCAUACCAUAACAUAUUCUAAAAGGAUUUACUGGCAGAGAGAGUGCAGUAUAAACUUGUAUGAUACAAGAAAGCUACAGAAAGUGAAUAAUGAUCCUGAUGAGUUUAAGGGUAAACAGGAUUUUGAAGGAAGGCAAAAGGGAAGGUUUGCUGUGUAAGAAGCUGUUCCAGAGAUUUUGGCCUUGGGUGGAUACCACAUUAGAGUGAAUAGAUGCAAGAACAAAGGAGUCCUGGCAGUGAGAUUAUUUAUUAGCUAAGAAAUUAUUUAGUGGUGAUGUGCUGACCAGAUGUGUCAGACAGCUUGGGUCACACCACAGAAGGAAGCCCAUGAGCUGCAUGGCACAUGAAGCAGCCCUGGCUCACGUCAGCAGCCAUCAGGGAGGCAGCUCUUGAGUCUUGUAUUCUCAGCAUGAGAGAUGACAGGAUGGUUUGCAGGAGAUGGCCUUGGUACACAAUUAUCUGGGCAAUAGCACAGACCUUUCUUAUGAUGACCACAUCCCCCCCAUCAGGGUGGCAGCUGCAGAGUGCUGGAUGCUGCCUGCCCUGGACUGCUCAUGAUAAUAUUCCUGAGCUACUCCAAGAUCCCCUAGACCUGUUUAUAUCCUGAAACUUAAUUUUAUGACGUUCAAAUAUUGGAUCCAACUUCUGUGGUAAAAGCCAUGUUUAGUAACAAGCAAUUUUAUACACACUCCUCAUGUAGUACAUUACUGUUCUUAUUCAUUGGGCAUUAGUAACUGAAAAGAAAUUACAUUAUGUCCUAGGUGGCUUCUUAGUGUUUGAUGUGCAAACUUCCAGUGACCUUAAUAAAACUAAGAGCUUGUUGUGGAGAUAUACAUCUUGCCUCUGUACACAGAUUGGGAUAUACUUAUGUUUACUUUCCUUCUACUAGGGAUAACCACAAGUAGAAACAACCAAUUUAUAAAAUAAUACCCCACUCUGUAUAAUUAGGGUGACAGAAUCUAGUCUAUACCACUUCAGACAAUUUAAAGUCCUCAUAAUAGAUUCUCAUGUUGGUUGUAGUGGAAGAAGCAAGCCCAAAGAAUCAUCUGGAUAUUUUCACUCCAGGUGGCCUUCCUAGAAAUGAGGAGUCUUAUUUACAGGGUCUGUUCUUUGAGCAUCAUCUUUCAAAUACAAAUGGCUCAAAGACAUCAACUAAAAUAACCAUGUUAAAAGAUAUGGACUUUCAGAUAAUGAACCUGUGGGCAUCUCUGUCUUAUAUGCCAGGAUUUUAAAAAUGUAAUUUUCCCCAAAAAGACAUUAUUGCCACAUAAUUUGUUUGAUGUCCCUUGGCUGCACGUGAAGAUUUCUACAGAUACACUGAAACAACAUACUUUCUGCUGGAAUGAUUUGCCAACAGAUGGUGAGUUCUUAUGAUUUAUCUAAGUUCAGAUUUUAAACAGAAAGGAACUUUGUCAUGUUUCCACAAUUCCAACACAAUAUAUACAUAGGAUUUUCCUAUAUAUCUUGAUAUAUCUUCUUCCACUAUGUGAGAAAUGGAAUAAUUCAAAAGAAAAAGGAUAUUGUCCAAAGAAGAGAGAGGAUUUACAGUUACAAAUUCAUCAUGAGGCAAAUUAAUCUUCUCAAAGACUCAGUACAGCUUUAUCUUGCACUAUUCCUUCAUCUUCUCCCUUAUGAUUCCUUAAUGUAUUUCUUCAUUUCAGCAUCACUGUAGGACAUUGACUGGAAGACACACAGUUUUACUGUGUAACUGAAAUGAUUUUGUACUGACAUAAACAGGAAAUUAUAAUUAUUGUGUAAGCAAUAUAUGAGCACUGCAUUAAACAUGCAUUCUUAUUCGUUAAAUCACUGAGAUUUCACUAAAAAAUGGACACAGGUAUUUUUGAUCUACCUAGUAUGUUCAUAUACAUAUUUAUUUGUGCAUGUCUCAGCAUGUGUAUAUUGUAAUGUUUUUAGUGUGUACUUCUGCAGUUCAGGCAUAUUUUUUUGAGAACCUUUAAUUUCUGUUUGUAAUUCUGAUACCCAAGUGUAAAAUAUUUUGAAAUAAAAUCUGUUUCACAUGCUAUAUGAAAAGAAUGAGCUAUAUAAUUUGUGCACAGAAAUGGUUAUUUGAAAAUUCAGGCUUAGUUUUAUUUACAAAUAUAUCUAAAUUCAAACUAGACUAACAGGAACAUUUUUGUACUCUCUGCAAAUUAAUGAAGAUUGACCUUAAAUUUGCAAAUGAAAAUAAAUAACAUUUUUAAAGUG